AUGACGAACGAAACGAAACCAAAGCACGUACACUGGGGUCCUGUGAGUGUCUUGGUGUUUAAUGUGGGCUACAAUGCCAGUGCCGUGCCAUCAAGUGGUGGUCCACCCGUGGGUCUCAUUGGAAAACCGAUCAGUCAUUCGUCCUCAAUGCUUUUGGUUGAAACGGAUGAAGAGGAGGUCAAGGAGAGUAAAGACGAGAGUAUCAUUGAUUCCUGCACUCGUCGGACGUGCAACGAGCUUUGGUUGGAUCCAAUGGAACGGGCUCGUCUUUUGGUCAAGAAUCAAGCUUUUGCCAUGGAUGACAUUGCGUUGAUCUGUCGUGACGUACGAGCCACGUUGGACUCGCGUGCAUUUUCAAGGUGGGAUCAAGUGACCAAGAAGGUCAUGAACGACUCGUGUUCUUCACGGGACGUAACAUUGCAUCGGUGUGGACAUGUCUACAAUACUCCACGAGAAAAGGUGUUAUUGUAUUGA